AUGGGAAAAUCUAAAGAAAUCAGCCAAGACCACAGAAAACAAAUUAUAGACCUCCACAAGUCUGGUUCAUCCUUGGGAGAAAUGAGGGAUGAGUUUGAUGUGACCAGGUGCAUGUUCUCUACUGGCAACAUCACAGAGAAGCUCAGGGUUGCCUCAUUCAACUGCAGUGGGGAGACUGUGGUGGAUUUAUAUGCAGGUAUUGGCUACUUAACUAUCCCAUUCUUGGUGCAUGCGGGGGCCAGCCAUGUUCAUGCUUGUGAGUGGAACCCAGAUGCCGUGGAAGCCCUGCAAAGAAACUUGGAGUUAAAUGGAGUGUGGCAUCACUGCACCGACCACAAAGACAACCGGCAACUCCCAUUGUGUAACCUGGCUGACCGGGUGAAUUUGGCCAGCUCUGCAGGUGGCUGGCCUGUUGCCUGUCGACUACUGAGGAAAAGAACCAGUGGCAUGUUGCAUAUUCACCAGAAUGUUACCGCACCACUUCAUAUUACAGACUGUGACACUUCCUCUGUUCCUGUCAUGGAGAGAGUGGACAUUUCUGGAGGAGACCAAGAAGAGGUGUCUCCUAAGGGGAGUGACAGAGAAGUUUGGGGUGCCUGGACAAAGGACACAGCCAUCCACAUUGCCUCUCUACUGCAGGACAUCACCUGGACUGGCGUCCAGCACAUUGAGCAUCUCCAUCUCCCUUAUUACCCAGCCAACUUUAGCAAGGCAGAGUCAGAGGCUUCUGACGGGCUGGCAUUGUGUCAGCAGCAGCCUCUGCAUGGAGGCUCGCUAGAGGAUCCACUAACAUUCUCGUCCAUCCGUCCUGUACUCAGAGGUGGGGACACUUUCUUUCUCCUGAUAGUAACCAGGGAAAAAUCCUGA